AUGGCUUGUAAAGCAAAGCUUAUGAUUCCUGAGGAUGAGAAGUACGAAGGAAAGCCAUUUGCCCUUUCACACGCAAGGACCGCCAUUACAACAAUAAAGGCGAAGUUCAAUACGCAGCAGUUACAGAGGUUCGAGGGGAGUUGUUUUGGUCAUCUAUUACUGAUAGAGGACCUGAAGUGGAAUUCACAAGUUGUCCACGGGCUGUUGAUGAGGAAGGCUGAUCCUAAGACAGUUACACAGGUGAACGGGAUAAAAUUCAUUGUGGGUAACAAGUUGAUACAAUUCACAGCCCAACACUUUUGCCUCAUCACGGGCCUAAGGUUCGGAAAGCUCCCUUUCAUUCCGAAGGCGACAAAUGAAAACUGCUCCUUGAAGCGAAAAUACUUCAGUAGCAAUAAACCUCCCACCCUUUUGGACCUACACACUGCCUUCAUCGAGUGCACAGAUGAUGACGAUGCGUUAAAGCUUGGAAUGGUCUAUUUUGCCAUUUUUGUGCUAUUGGGUACUGAAAAGCAUGUGCUUUUUGACAUGCGCUAUUUGAAGUUGGCCGAAGACUUAGAAGAGUUUGACAAGUAUCCAUGGGGUGCCGUGUCAUAUGCGAUGACAAAUGCUUCACUUUUGAGGGCAGUUUCUCCUGAUUACCAACGAGUGAAGGUGCCCCAAAACAGAAAAAAGCCCAACAAACGUGGGAAGAAGAGAGCGCAGACAAGAAUGGAAUGCAGUAGAGCCAGAGAGUACAUCAUAAGGGGGUUUGGCUUCGCUCUUCAGAUUUGGGCUUUUGAAGUCUUCCCAGCAUUGGAAGCAUUGCAUUUCACGGUCCAUGAAGACAAUAGGCACAUCCCUCGAAUAUUACAUUGGAGGAGCAACACGGUGGCCCGUUUUCGGGAGGUUAUGAGUCAGGUUUAUGAAAACUUUGAGGUUGAUGUGCAACUUCUCCGGCCGACUGAUAUUGAGAAGCAACAACCUUACUGGAGUUGGGGCGAUGAUGAGAACAAUGAAGAAAUUGUUCAAUUGUUUGGGGAUGAGGGCGAAGACAAAACCAGCACUUCUAGUGAAGAAAAAGAGGCGGAUGUUGAGGAAACAACUACCCUUCCCUCCUCUUCUAAGGGCAAAGGGUCUUUUAAUGACUUUGGCAGGUUGAAGCAUCAAUUAGAAAGCACUAAGGAUGAGUUAGCAAAGCUACGUAGUUCAAAUCGGGGCCUUAGGAACAGAGUUCGUGACUUGGAAGCUAUUGUAGACAAGAACUGUUUGAAGCAUGAGAAGGAGUGUGACAGAAAUAAAAAGGCUAUUGGGGAUUUGACCCUAACAAUUGCUUCAGUGGAACAUUAUUUUAAAUUGGAGAUGGAGGAGUUAAAAAAAUUAUAUGGUGGACAAGGGCAUGAGGAAGUGUGGACUGCUCAGAUGAAUGAAGGAGGGCAGAAUGAAAUGUCACCCUUGAAUGAACUUACUACUCCGACUACAGCAGGGCCUAAAAUGGACGCACAAGUUGCAGGUGAUGGAGUGGAAGCCUUCCCAGGCAUGCAUACAGAACGGGCUGAAAUGGAAGCAACAGUCUAUGGUGGAGUGGAAGGGGCUGAAAGGGAAGCGGAAGUCCCUGCUGAUGGAGUGGAAGCUUUUCUAGCCAUGCAUAUACAAGGGGCUAAAAGGGAAGCCGAAGUCCCUGCUGAUAUUGUGGAAGGCUUCCCAGCCAUGGAAGUCGAAGCCGCUGAAAUUGACACUUCAGUUUGUAACAAACAAGUGCACCAACAACCUCACAAGGUUCCUACUUCGGAAGAUGUGAAGGUUCCUAGUCUUGAAGAUCCCCUCAUUCCUAGUCCGGAAGAUAGGGAAGGGGGGGUGGGACGGAAGGCGAGGCCUCCCAUGGAAACUAGUAUAAAUCUGGUUGGUGAUGAAGGGGACAAGGAGGCUAAUGCCACGGUUCAGAAACCAGAUGCGGAAGGCAAAGGAUGCAGACUGAAGCGGCCCGCGAAAACAUUGUUGAGUCCAUUCACUGAUCCCUCCAGGAAAAAGAGGCCGACUACUGGUUUUCAUGCACAGACACCUGAGGCCCGUUUUGAUCCAACACAACCCGUGGCCAUGGACGAUGUGAAGGCUAUGAUACAAGUUUGCAAGGCUUGGAAAAGUGACAUCAGUGCGGAGCUGGAGCUCGAACCAUUUGUAGUUGGGGCAGAUUUUUUUUACAAACUUGUAGAUGAAACUGCAUGGAUGAGCUCGAGGCACCUUGACAUGGCCAUGUUUCUAAUACGCAAAAGACAACUCUCUCAUCCUCAAGUAUUUGGAACGGAGUGGACAACUGCCGAGUUUUGUCUGCAGCAAUUUUUACAGCCAUUUACACCGCCAAGUGCGAAACGAGUUACGAGGAAACAAAUUGCUUCAAUGACUGUUGACCCUCCCCCUAACUACCUCAGAAAUAUACACCACUUUGUCUGGGGUUCAUGGCAACAUGGUUAUGCACAAGCAUGGACGAAAGUCCGCAAGGUCUAUCUCCCGUAUAAUGUUCGACAGUCCCAUUGGGUGGCUGUAGAAAUUGACUUUGUCAGACAUACUGCCACUGUGUACGACUCGUAUACUGUUUUUACCUCCAACACAAUGCUUGUCCGACAGAUGGAGCCUAUUACCCAGACGCUUGCAAAGGUGUUGUAUGACAUGAGGUUUUAUGAGAAAUCGGAGGUUGAAGCGGUGAAGAAAAAGGGGAUUGACAUGCCAACGUUUAACCCAUUCACAAUUUGCAGAAUUUCCGAUGUUCCUCAGCAAAGUGAUGGUAUGUGCACUUCUAACUUCUGUACUGCUCGGGUGGACAGUACCUCAUGUGGCAUUAUGACCGUCAAAUUUAUUGAGUAUCUCAGUGCUGGCAUUCCUUUUAAUACCAUUGACCCAGCCAAGUUUGGCUACUACCGAUUGAAGCUUGCAAUCGAGGCUCUCAGGGGAGAGGCCUAUGUAUGA